CGCCAGAUUUAUGAAAAGCGAUUAAAUUCUCCCUCGCUCCAAUUUCUUUUUGAAAAAAAUUCGUUACAUAAGUUUAUGAGCUAGUCAGUAGAAAUGUUUUAGCUGUGUUCGAAAGUUUUAUUUCGAAGCAAGGCGUUUGGUGCAAACGCCUGGUGCCAAACAUUAUUUUUUAAGCUGUUUUAGGAGGAAGAGGAAGAUUUAAGAAGAGAGUUCGAAGCUGCGUCUUUGAUUUUCGACGGUCUUUAACGCCAUUUAAAAUGAGCAAGCCUAUGGAUGAGGAUGUUCCAGAGAAGACCGAGGAGGAGGAAUUCAACACUGGUCCCCUUUCUGUUCUUAUGAUGAGUGUGAAAAACAAUACACAAGUUCUAAUAAACUGCAGAAACAACAAGAAACUCCUUGGACGAGUUCGAGCCUUUGACAGACAUUGCAACAUGGUUCUGGAGAACGUUAAAGAGAUGUGGACGGAGGUACCUAAGACAGGAAAAGGGAAAAAGAAAGCCCAGCCUGUCAACAAGGAUAGAUUCAUCAGCAAAAUGUUCCUUCGUGGAGAUUCUGUGAUUAUUGUUCUUAGAAAUCCAAAGUGAUUAGCAGUUUUUCUUUUCAAUUAUUUGAGUGCACACAAGUUCCUGGAUAUAUGGAAGCAUUUUUGUAGUGGAAGAGAAAUUUCAACGUUAAAAUCUUAAAUGCUUUUCAAAUAUCUUGAGGUUGGAAGAAGUAAAUUCUGACAAUCCCAUGUUUUGUAGUACACAGUAUGAUACUUAAGUUAAUAGGAACCUUUGUUUGUCCUCUAUUCAAUCUAGGGAAGGUUUUAGAACAAGUUUAUGUGGACAUGAAUUUUGUUUUGAUUGUUAAAGAGUAAAUACCGUUUGGAUAAAUUGUGCACAGUUGCCAUAUAUUUCCCCUUCCCUGCUCAGAUAUGUAUGUCCGUGUAAGAGAUACUGGAUAGUGGAUAUAGACGAUACUCCUGGAUACAGUUUCCAUUCUUCCUCA